AUGGCAGAUAACCAAGAUAACCAGAAUAAAAGGUUGUUGAGUGACUAUGCAGUGCCGAAUGUCAAUGGUGCUCAACCCAGUAUUGUGAGACCUACAGUCAAUGCUAAUAAUUUUGAGAUUAAGCCUGGUCUCAUCCAGAUGGUGCAGCAGGAGCAGUUUGGUGGAGGACCUGCUGAGGAUCCACAUGCACACCUUGCCAAUUUCUUGGAGAUUUGUGAUACAAUCAAGAUGAAUGGAGUUAGUGAUGAUGCUAUUCGACUCCGACUUUUUCCAUUUUCUCUAAAGGAUAAAGCCAAGGCCUGGUUGAAUUCCAAAGCGCCUAACUCUUUCACCAUCUGGAAUGCCUUGUCACAAGCUUUUCUGAGUAAGUAUUUUCCCCCAGGUAAGACUGCCAAACUUAGAAAUGAUAUUACCAGUUUUGCUCAGUUUGAUGGUGAAUCUUUGUAUGAAGCCUGGGAGAGGUUUAAGGAUUUGCAGAGGAAGUGUCCACAUCAUGUUAGAAUUACCAUAGAUGCAGCUGCAGGAGGUACUUUAAUGAGUAAGUCAAUAGAAGAGGCAUAUGAGUUGUUAGAAGAAAUGGCCUCUAACAAUUAUCAGUGGUCUAAUGAAAGAGGUAUGCCUAAGAAAGUUCCAGGUAUGUAUGAUGUAGAUGGCAUAAACAUGUUGAAUGCCAAGGUUGAUUCUCUAGUAAAAAUGUUCGGCAGCAGCAGCAGAACAACCCUUAUUCCAACACAUACAACCCAGGCUGGAGGAAUCAUCCCAACUUUUCAUGGAAAGAUCAAGGUAACCAAGGUAGCAGUUCUAGACCUCUCCAUCCUCCUGGUUUCCAACCAAGACCAUCCCAACCAGAAAGGUAAUUUGCCUAGUAAGACAGAGGUCAAUCCGAAGGAGCAUUGCAAGGCAGUCACCUUGAGAAGUGGUAAGCAACUUGGUCAGGUAAGUGGUGAGACUAUAGUUGGUGAUGAAGUAGACUAUGAUGAGGUGAGCAAGAAGGUCAAUGAAGAAGUUGAGGACCUAGCCAAGACAACAUCCCCACUACCACUAGUCAAACCUUAUGUUCCUCCCAUUCCUUUUCCUCAAAGGCUUAAGCAGAAUAAAAUUGAUCAACAGUUUGAGAAAUUUUUGAAAGUGUUUAGGCAGCUUCACAUUAAUAUUCCUUUUGCAGACGCCUUAGCACAAAUUCCUGCAUAUACAAAAUUUUUAAAGGAGAUCAUGUCUAAGAAGAGGAAAUUGGAAGAUUUCGAGACCAUUGCCUUGACGGAGGAAUGCAGUGCCAUUAUCCAGAAUAAGCUUCCACCAAAGCUAAGAGAUCCAGGGAGUUUUUCUAUUCCUUGUACUAUAGGUGAUGUUGAUUUUUCUAGAGCUUUAUGUGAUUUAGGUGCUAGUGUUUUACUAAUGCCUUUAUCUGUGUCUAGGAAGCUUGGAUUGAAGGAGUUGAAGCCUACUACCAUCUCUUUGCAGCUAGCUGAUCGAUCGGUCAAAUAUCCUUUGGGUGUUCUUGAGAAUGUGCUGAUCAAGGUAAAGAAGUUUAUCAUUCCGGUUGAUUUUAUUGUUUUGGAGAUGGAAGAAGACACCGAGAUCCCUAUCAUUUUAGGCCGGCCCUUUCUAGCCACAGCUGGAGCUAUCAUAGAUAUUAAGAAUGGUAGGUUGACUUUGAAGGUUGGUGAAGAAGAGGUAGAGUUUAAUUUAUUUGAAGCUACUAAAUAUCCUUCUUUUACUGAUCAUGUUUUUCGAGUUGAUGUUGUAGAUGAGUCGACCAGAGAGGUUUUUAGGGCUGAAAAUACUAAAGAACCUCUUGAGACUUGUUUAGUGAGUGCAGGGACAAGUAAAGAUGAUAAUCUAGAGGUUGCUAAAGUGGCGUGUGCAUUAGAGGCUACAUGUCCUAAGCUAAAAAAGAGAGGUAUUUAUUUUGAGGAUAUCGGCAAAGGUAAGCCACCCCCUCCCCCUUCUAAUGUGCAAGCACCAGUUCUGGAGUUGAAGCCAUUACCCUCACAUCUCAGGUAUGCAUUUUUAGGUGAAAAUAAUACUUUGCCUGUGAUUGUGAGUACUUCUUUGUCUGGUGAGCAACUUGACAAAUUGAUACGUAUUUUGAGAUUGAGAAAAAAAGCCAUAGGAUGGACUAUAUCAGACCUUAGAGGAAUUAGCCCUUCAUUGUGUAUGCAUAGAAUUUUAAUGGAGGAUAACCAUAAACCUAUAGUUGAAAAUCAGAGACGGUUAAAUCCUAACAUGAAAGAAGUAGUUAGGGCUGAAGUUCUUAAAUGGUUAGAUGCAGGGAUUAUUUAUCCUAUAUCUGAUAGUUCAUGGAUUAGUUCAGUGCAGGUGCUUGAGAGACUUGCUGGGUAUGCGUAUUACUAUUUUUUAGAUGGUUAUUCAGGGUUAAAGCAAGAGUUGGUGUCAGCACCAAUUAUGGAAGCCCCAGAUUGGAGUUUGCCUUUUGAGCUAAUGUGUGAUGCUAGUGAUUUCGCUUUGGGUGCUAUUCUCGGCCAGAGAAAAGACAGGAAGUUGCAUGUUAUAUAUUAUGCUAGUUCCAAGGUGAUCGUAUAUACGGACCAUUCAGCAAUCAAGUACUUGCUGAAAAAGAAAGAUGCCAAACCGCGCUUGAUUCGGUGGGUGCUGUUGCUUCAAGAAUUUGAUCUUGAGAUUCGAGACAAGAGAGGCAUGGAGAAUGUGGUGGCAGAUCACUUGUCUAGAUUAGAGGGGCAGUCAAGAGCAGAUGAGGUGCCCAUUAAUGAAAGCUUUCCAGAUGAGCAGUUGUUGGUAGUUUCAGUCAUCCCCUGGUAUGCUGAUUUCGUGAACUAUUUGGUGAGUGGCAUUGUUCCCCCUGAUUUGAGCUAUCAUCAGAAGAAAAAGUUUUUGAGGGAUGUGAAGCAUUAUUUUUGGGAAGAACCGCUACUCUAUAAACACUGUGCAGAUGGGAUGAUUAGAAGAUGUGUGCCCCAAGAUGAGAUGCAGGAUAUACUUGACCAUUGCCAUUCCUUGGAGUGUGGUGGACAUUUCAGUACCUCUAAUACAGUUGCAAAGGUAUGGCAGUCUGGUUUUUGCUGGCCGACCAUGUAUCAAGAUACUAGACAAUAUGUGAGCAUGUGUGAUAGAUGUCAAAGGGUUGGCAACAUUUCAAAAAGGAAUGAGAUGCCCUUGACCAAUAUCCUGGAGGUUGAACUGUUUGAUUUAUGGGGAAUUGAUUUCAUGGGCCCAUUUCCUUCUUCCUUCAAUAAUCAGUACAUUCUGGUAGCAGUGGUUUAUGUGUCUAAAUGGGUUGAAGCUACUGCAACUCAGACUAAUGACUCUCGGGUGGUGAUGAGAUUUGUGAAGAAAAAUAUUUUUUCAAGAUUUGGUGUGCCGAGAGCUAUUAUUAGUGAUGAAAGCUCUCAUUUUUGUAAUCGGUCAUUUGAGGUUUUGUUGAAGAAAUAUGGGGUUACUCAUAAGGUGGUACUUGCCUAUCAUCCCCAAACAAAUGGGCAAGUGGAACUUGCAAAUAGGGAAUUGAAGCAAAUUUUGAAGAAAACUGUGAGCAAUUCAAGAAAGAAUUGGGCAAAUAAGUUAGAUGAUGCACUUUGGGCCUAUAGGACAGCUUUCAAGACACCUUUGGGUAUGUCUCCUUACAGACUUGUCUUUGAAAAGUCUUGUCACUUACCAGUGGAAUUAGAACACAGGGCCUAUUGGGCAAUCAAGGAGUUGAACAUGGAUUUGAAAGCUGCGGGAGAAAAAAGAUUGUUACAGUUGAGUGAGUUGGAGGAGUUUAGGUUGGAUGCUUAUGAAAAUACUCGGAUUUACAAGGAAAAGACAAAGCAUUGGCAUGACAAACAUCUUCAGAUUAGAAACUUCGAAAUUGGGCAGCAAGUAUUACUCUUCAACUCAAGACUUAAGUUAUUUCCAGGCAAGCUUCGUUCUAGGUGGUCUGGCCCAUUCACGGUAACGAAAGUGUAUCCAUAUGGUGCUGUUGAGGUGCGUAGUGAGGUCACUGGUGCAUUCAAGGUUAAUGGGCAGCGUUUGAAGCCUUAUCUUACUAGUAAUGCGGUUCCUAAAGGAGUGAUUUACUCAUUGAAGAAUCCUACCUAUGGUUGA